AUGGAUCUUCGCUGGCCUGAGAUCAGUCUCCCUGUGAGCCUGAAGGUGAGUGGGUGCUGUGAGUGCAGGCCAGUGAGGAGGUUUGUGUAACAUAUUUCACAAAGAGGAUGUUACUAAAGUGAUCGUUUUUUUUCACAGAGCUGUAACCUUCUGCAAGAUGAGGACUGCAGUUCUACUGUUUGCUGGGUUGUGUUUUAUACACGUCACAUCAUCCCUGAAAAUCUGCGCCUUCAAUGUUCAGAGCUUUGGAGAAUCAAAGGCGCACAACAAGAAGGUCAUGGGGAUUUUAUUAAAGGUGAUCUGCUGAGUUUAUACCACAAUUGGAGCAUUAUUUACUUGAAACUAGACACCUAAUAGUUUUUUUUUUUCUUCUUUGGCUCCCAAGAUCCUCUCUCGAUGUGACGUGUGUCUCAUUCAGGAGGUUCGUGACUCUAAAGGAGAAGCAGUCCAAGCUCUGGUGAAGGAUCUUAACAGGUAUGUUGUACAAAACACCCCAAAGAGGGAAUGCACGGUUAAUCAAUACAAUAUUCAUUGUAUCAUUUCAAUGUUGUUUACAGAUAUGACAAAUCGAACUCAUACUCCUAUGUGGCAAGUGAAAGGCUAGGGAGGAAGACCUACAAAGAGCAAUACGUCUACAUUUACAGGUAACAUCUGUCAAAUAAAAUCUCCUGUCGUGAAUCUACAAAUUAGAAUUACAUCCCUAUUUUCUCAUCUUCUCUAGGAAUAAUGUGCUGGAGGUCAAAGAGCAUUAUCAGUAUCCAAAAGUAGAGGUGGAAGGGACCAAUGACAGCGAUAUUUUCUCCAGAGAGCCCUUCAUCGUUCGCUUUCACUCCCCCUCCACAUGUAAGAAGAAAAACCUGGAAUUGUUUGAGGAAAUAGGCAGAUAAUCAAGGUUAUUUUGAAUUGGCUGUCAGGCAAGCAGACACUGACUGUAACAGUUAAAUAUAAGAGUCAGUGUCAUCAUGCAGUUCUAGUGAGAAAGUGAGAUAAAUGUGAAUGAUGAGAGAUUAAGGUAAACUAGUUCAAAUAACAAAUGUACUUGAUGGGGAGAGAAGAGAGAGUCUCUGACACCCGUACAGCGGUCAAAUGGCUUGUAUAAAAUUAUUAGAGUUUUAUUAACAUGGGUGUGAACAAUUAGUUUUUUUCAUUCCACUGUUAAAGCCGCAAGAGAUGUAAGAUCAAAACCAAAACAUGAGAUAUAACAUACAGUAUAUCUGAGCAUUCACUCUUUGUUGUUGUUGUUUUAGUGGUGAAGGAUUUUGUCCUGAUUGGACAGCACACUUGUCCCAAAAAUGCCAUGAAGGAGAUGGACCAGCUGUAUACUGUCUUCAAAGGGGUCCACCAGAAGUGGAAGACUGAUGUGAGCCCAUCCAUUUUUAGCCAUCCUGCUCAUUUCUCAUCUUUGUUCUUUUCUCUGUAGAGCACCGGUUUAGCCUCACAGUGGUUUCUCUCUGAAUGAUUCUGAUCUGUUCAACUUUCACCCAGAACGUGGUGAUCUUAGGGGACCUUAACGCAGACUGCAGCUAUGUCACCAUAAAGGGCUGGAGAGCUGUGCGCCUGAGGAGUGACCCCAGGUUUCGCUGGCUUAUCGGAGAUGAACAAGACACAACAGUCCGUGAGAAGACUCACUGUGCAUAUGACAGGUUAGACUCAACUAGAAACUACAAUUAUUUCCAUGAUACUGUGUUUUUUUAGUCUUUUAGGGGCCUAAAGCUGCAGACAUCUCUUGUUUAAACUAACAGCACUGUUAUCUAAUUUUUCAAACAGGAUCAUUGUCCAUGGACGUGAGAUUAUUUCUUGUAUAGUUCCUGGUUCAGCUCAACCAUUCAACUUUAAGGAGAGUUUUCACCUGACUGAGGAAGAGGUAAACAUGUUAUAAAAAUAAGUCUUUCUCUUAACUUUAAAGCUCCUCUGAGUAACACUCAGUUUGUGUCAACUUUGGCACCCCUGUAAACAAAACAGUCCUUCCUUUGAAUAUUAAAUUUGUUAAAUGUAAAACUGAAGCUCUCUAUUCGGCUACUACUGACAUCUACCCACUCACUUCAGACAUUCAAAGUUACAGUAUAAAAACAGUCUGUCUUGUCAGUACUGGUCUUGUUUGCAUCAAUUUGUUUCAGUCUAUUUCAUAAAUGUCAGAAAACUCCCCACUAGAGCUUUAACCAAACACGAAUCCUUGUUUUUGUCUGCUUUUCAGGCUCUUGAGGUGAGUGACCACUUUCCAGUAGAAGUCGACCUGAAGCCAAACCACCGCUACCUUCUCCGCCAUGAGCUGUAG